AUGGAGUUUUUCUCAGAAUUCAUUGAUGAGUUUAGGUUGAUUGAUCUGCCUCUGGAGGGAGGGCCUUUUACUUGGUCUAGUGGACGUUCUCCCCUUAUUCUCUCUCGGCUUGACAGGUUCCUUGUGUCUGGGGAGUGGGAGGAGAUGUUUUCUGAUGUUGUGCAAGCUACUUUGGCUCGUCCUAUCUCUGACCAUGUUCCGUUGAUGCUGGAUUGUGGCGGGUUGCGGAGUUUCCUAGAAACGGUCCGAUUUUGGUGGGAGGGUUUUGGGGUGGUUGGCACCCCAAGUCAUUUGCUUGUAGGUCAUUUGCGUCUUUUAAAGGAAAGUAUUAAGAUUUGGAACAAAGAGGUCUUCGGGAAUCUUGUGUGGAGGAAAAAUCGGGUUCUGGCUGAGAUCGCUGAUAUUGAUAGGAUGGAGGGUCAAGGGGAUCUGGCAGAUGCUUUGAAGGUUAAGAGGGCGGAGUUUAAGGCGGAAUUUAGUGAGAUUGCGAUCAUGGGCAACCAUAUUGAGAGGAUUCAGGUGGAAGGGGAGCUUCUUUGCAAGGAGGAGGAUAUCUGCAAUGGCAUUUCAGAGUUCUACGAGAAGUUGUUCACUGAGAUUGUUGAGUGGAGACCCUUGCUUGAAGGGCUUCAGUUUGCCUCUAUUUCUAGUGAGGAGUGCUCGGGUUAUGAGGAGCCUUUCUCUGAAGAGGAAGUUCUAAUUGCUUUGAAGACUUGUAACUGGGACAAAGCCCCAGGUCCUAACGGUUUUACCAUGAGAUUCCUUUUGGAGUGCUAG